AAAGACCCAGGGGUCUAGUAUAAAAGACGAUGCAUCCUUCUACGACGACACAUUCACAACAAGUGAAAAAGCAAGAAGUAUUGCAGUUUGUACCAGACCUUAUAGGUAACAACGGUACAAGGCAAACAAAACACUAUGAAAUACAUCCUACUUGGAUUAGUUUUACUUGCGACCUACGCCAGCUCCGAGGACCCGACAGGAUGUGAAACCGUUUCCUGUCCGUUGCUGAACGGAGAAUUUGCCGAACAUAAACCACACCCUUUCCGAUGCGACAGCUUCUGCAAAUGCGACUGGGGCAAGGCAGUCUAUUUCGCAUGCCCUGACGGACUUCACUUCAACGCCGAAAAGGAGGUGUGCGAUUGGCCCGAGGCCGCAGGCUGCGCUGACGGCGGUGUCACAGAAGACCCUGACUGCGACUUGCCCACAGAGGGACCUGGUGUGAUUCCACCUAGCAAUGGCUGCAAGAAUGUCACAUGUCCUGAAGACAGCAACUCCGGUUUGGCCAUCCAUCUGCCGAAUCCUGAUGACUGCGGUAGCUUCUGCAAGUGCGACUGGGGCGUCCCGAUUUACUUUGACUGUCCUGGUGGCCUCCAUUUCAACCCGAAGCUCGAAGUUUGUGACUGGCCAGAGAAUGCGGGUUGUGGCGGUGGCAAUAACAACGAUACUGGUACUGGCCCGAUCAACGGCUGCGAGUACGCUCGCUGUCCCCCGACUAACACCAAUCCUUUGACCAACCUCAAAAACCCUGAUGACUGCGGAAGCUACUGUCAGUGCUACAAUGGAGUCCCUAACUGGGUCCCAUGUUCUCCAGACCUGCAUUUCAACCCUGCCCACCAGAUUUGUGAGCACCCCUUAAACGCUGGCUGCGACCUAACUACAACUACCAGAUCACCAAAUCCCACCACUACCACAAGAGCACCAAAUCCCACCACCACCACAAGAGCACCAAAUCCCACCACCACCACAAGACCAUCGAACCCUACCACCACAAGACCUUCGGUCACCACAACCACCACUCGACGUCCGUCAUCUGAUGGAUGCACCAGGAACGUGCAAUGCCCCAACAACAAUAACGAAGGUCCUGCAAUCCAUUACCCCAACCCCGAAGAUUGCAGCAGCUACUGCGUGUGCAAUUGGGGAAACCCAAUCUUGAUGCAGUGUCCACCUGGCCUUCAUUUCAACCCUGUGGCCGAAGUUUGCGACUGGCCUCAAUCUGCUGGGUGUGAUGGCACCGUUGAACCGCCACCAGGAAUAGGGGGCGACGAUGGUGACAAUUGUCGCACCGUCCGCUGUCCAGGCACUUGUGGCCCCAUCAACUUGCCAAAUCCCGGUUGGUGCAACAGCUUCUGCAGAUGCGCAAACGGCACCAGUUCCUUCUAUCCCUGCCCUCCUGACCUUGUCUUCAAUCCCAGCCUUGGAAUUUGCGAUUAUAGUGAUUGCGAAAAUCGUGAUGAUUUCAACACCACGACGUCUUACCCUAUUGAAAGCACCACCACCACACCUAUCACGAUCACUACUAAGCCUCCUACCAAUACCACUAACACACCUAUCACUACCAAGCCCCCUACUAACACAACUAACACACCUAUCACUACCAAGCCCCCUAAUAACACCACCCCCUCGCGCCCCAUUUGCCCCAACGUUACAUGUCCGGAGACAAACGGAGAGUUCGUCCUUCACUUGCCCAACCCUGGUGAUUGCGGCAGCUUCUGCAAAUGCGAUUGGGGAACCGGUUACUACUUUGAUUGCCCCGAUGGUCUUCACUUCAAUGCCCAGCUCCAGGUGUGCGACUGGCCUGAAAAUGCCGGAUGCCAAGAAGGAAGUGACCCCAUAGUCACCACCCCACCUUCUGGCGGCUCGACUCCUGGUGGAGGUGCCUCCACCACCACUACUCCAUCUUCUGGCGGCUCAACCCCUGGUGGUGGAAACACCACCCCCGCGCGCCCCAUCUGCCCCAACGUUCAAUGUCCGGAGAUAAACGGAGAGUUCGCCCUGCACCUGCCCAACCCUGGUGAUUGCGGCAGCUUCUGCAAAUGCGAUUGGGGAACCGGUUACUACUUUGAUUGCCCCGAUGGUCUUCACUUCAAUGCCCAGCUCCAGGUCUGCGACUGGCCCCAAUACGCUGGUUGCGACGGGCCCGCUUUGACCACUUCCUCGCCUAACGCCGACUUCCCUGCUGAUCCAAUGCCCUACCGCCGCUAAUUAAAUUAACUAGCCUCAUGGGAAAUCUAAGUAGAAUAAAUUAGUCUAUUUUUAAGUCAACGCAAAUAAGGAUCUUCUUUCAUUGACUCACCCAAUCAUCAUUGCUGGCGCUGGUAAUCAAAUUUAAUUGUAUAUUUAUUUAUUUUGUUACCCUCUUUCAAAUAAAAAACUAUAAAAAUGUAAAAAA